AUGGCUGCGCAAGCUUCGAGCGGUGCGCCACUCGCAUCUCCAUACUUACCCGCGCCCCCGCCCGGCCUGUGCGUGACGGGUUCCCGGUUCCACGCCGACCGCGACACGGAAAGUUCGCUCGCAGGCGAUCCUGCCCCCGCGUCGCGCUUCCCUGCCGCCAUGUCGCCGCCACCUUCUGGACGUGUCCCGGAGAAGGCGGCCGCAUGCAGUCUCGCGAGAGAUCCGUGGGCGGAACGCACGGAUAGUUUGCUCGUUCGAUAUUAA